UAGGAGGACAACAGUUGCUCUGGAUGGCCUUUGUGCUUGUACUAGCACUUCCUUCCGAGGCGAGAAAGCUAGCAAUAUUUGAAGAAAAAAGUUCCUUCAACUUGGAGGAUGAUGCAAAUGUAAAACAGGCUGUGUCCGUAAAGCUACUGAAUUUUGGUAUGCUGCCCAAGUAUAAGUCAAUUCCUCCAUCUGGGCCUAGCAGAAGGACCUCCGACUCUACUCCACCUCCUAAAGACAGGCUGAAUUUUGGGAUGCUAUCCAAAUAUACACCCCUUCCUCCAUCUGGGCCUAGCAGAAGGACCUCCGACUCUACUCCACCUCCUAAAGACAGGCUGAAUUUUGGGAUGCUACCCAAAUAUACACCCCUUCCUCCAUCUGGGCCCAGCACAAGGACCUCUGACUCUACCCCACCUCCUCCUGUCAUAAGAGACUGAAAAAUCCAAAAAUGGAGUAAGUUCUAAGAUGCCUCCAGCCCACUUCAUCCCACCAAGUAGUGCCAUGCCAAGCACUAAUCGUGCAUGC